UCCGCGGAGAUAGGACGCGUGCGUCAGUACCCAUCGCGCAGAUACGAAACUUAAUAGAAAAUCACUUAAUUCCGAACUAACAGUUUUGAAUUUCGAACGCUUCGAUAAACUUUAUUAUGGUUUGUGAAAAUGACCAGUUGAAUUAAUGAAGGAUUCACGUGAUUUUGAAGUGUUGUGUCCAGUGUUGACGUGAUUGACACAUGAUCAUGGUUCUACAUUCAAGCUUCACCAAGUCUAUAAUAUGUAUCUAAAUCACCAAUGGACCACAAUUACUAUCAAACACCACAAAUAAAGAACAAAAGAAAAUCAAAAGAUAGUACAUUAUACAUGAUCUAAAUGUCUUAUUUAAAAGGGGGCUGCGCUGCAACACGCAUGCGCCGACUAUGUUCGACUCGACAAAAGGCGCAUUGCUUGUAGCGCCAUCUCUUUCUAACAGCUCUUGUUGGAUGAACGGCAAAGGCUGGCCUUCUACUCUACCAGCAGCUGGCGAUAUCGUGAAAGCCUUUUUUAUUUUUGCCAUAUCUAUGGCUAUUGUCCGAAAUUUGAUCUUGAUCUGCGUGCUCAAUAAUCGAAGAUACAUCAAGUAUAUUGAUAAUCAGCCCAGAUACCUGCUGACCUCACUGGCUCUAAACGACUUAUUCACCGGUAUCUUGAUUGCGCCGGUGGCUCUCCUGCCCGCUCUCUACAAGUGUUGGCCCUACGGCGAGAUAUUCUGUCAGAUACAGGCAUUGCUGAGGGGAGCAGUUAGUCAACAAAGUGCCGUUAUAUUAGUUUGUAUGGCGAUCGAUAGAUAUUUGUAUCUGUUACACCCUAAUAAAUAUCAUAAACAUUCUAGUAAGAAGGGUUGCGUCUUAUUUAUAAGUAUAACUUGGAUAUUAUCGGUAUCAUUGUUUGCGAUUAUGGUACUUCCUAAAUCUGGAUAUUACUUUAAUUCGACAGGAUUGAUGGCUUGUGAUGUGUUUCACAGCAGGGUUGCUUUCAGGAUCCUGUCGUGCUGUGCCUACUAUUUUCCAACUACAAUGGCGCUGAUGUAUUGCUAUGGAUCAGGUUUCCAUGUCAGUAAAACCAGGACUAAAUGUGAACCAGAACCUACGAGAUUAAAUGGAGUUCCCGUACCUUGUACCAAAACAUCUCAUGGUGAACAUGAAAUUGUGAUACAAGCUCCUGUGAGACCGCAUAGCGUCAGCACGUCUAGAACUAUGGCGGCAAUGUCAUUAGGUUUCAUAGUUAUGGUGACACCAGCCACAAUACAGGAAGUUGUUGCAGCCUGCACUGGAUGCAAGGUUCCACCAUCUUUGGAUUUUAUAGUGACGUGGUUGGCUUUAAGCAACAGUUUUUGGAAUCCAUUCCUUUAUUGGCUUCUGAAUGGGCAUUUUAGAAGAAUCAGCCAUGAACUUCUUCAAUACUAUGUAUGCUGCCGGAGAACAAAAUCCUUUCCACACAAUUAUGAAAAGCCAACAGGUUGUUGUGGUUCACCAGUUACAUCAGACGGAUUACAUUCAAAAGGUGAAUUCGAAGGUCUUGGAGAAAAAUAUUGGGGUGAAAUACUUGAACGCACUGUGUCAUCGACAUCAUUGCACGCUAUACAAAAAGCUUGCCACAGAGAACAUCCUCUUAGAUGUACUGGUUCAUUUAAAGGAUAUCCAAGUAACUCGUGUAAACAUGACCAUAGAUAUUUCGAUGGCUAUGGUCCAACUGACUAUAGACAACUCGACAGAUCUGCAUUUCAAAUAGAGUCGUGUUCGCGACAAUGCAGAUUAAAGAACUCAGAUUUCUGCCUAUUCAAACCUAGCCCAGGGCUUGAAUGUGGUCGCUCGCGUUCGAACUUAAGCUUGGACGAGGGCAAUUUCAACAAGAUCUGCAACGGCAGGCACCCGGAAUUGUGAGAAUUCCGAAAUUGCCCG